AAAAGAGGAGGUUUUAGUCGGUUUCUCCUGAAGUUCUUUCCACUCCUCUCUCUAUUGCUGUCUUUGGAACUCCCACAAAACCUCUGCUUUGACUAGCCCACGCACGCACAGUUACGUCACACGUCGCCCCACCCACAUAUUUCUGUAAACCACCUUGCGUAUGGAAGUAUGGCGGCCCCAGCGACACAACUACAAUUCGGCCAAAGUUUAUUGCUGAGAUUUUCACGUGAGAGCGAUGAAUAAGUACGCGAACCGACGAGUCUGUACCUUAGAGUUUGGCGACUGUAAACACGGGGAAGCUCUUGCAGGGAAAGUCACAGAUCUUUGGCUGGCGGAGUUUCCUCGAUUUCUCUUCGCCUUGAUUGAAGUGCCUUUAGUCUGGGUACCACAAGGGAAGAAACUCCGUAAAACGGGAAGAGUUGACACGGAAGUUUGAAAAAAACUGAUACACUGGCUUUGGAAAGACCAGCUGAUAAAGCAAAGCAAACAGAGGAGAGUAGCGAUGUUUUUGUAAUACAAGUGCACUUGCCCGACGUUUAUUACGGGCGUGCUAACAGCAAGAGCCAACUGUUGAAUGCUCGAUGUGCAUUUAAGGGUCUGGCGCUGCAUACCACCAGCUAACGUUAGUUAGCUUCCAUGGCUACCUUCAACAUUAGCUUGAGGUCGCCAGCUAACCAAUAAUAUACAUGUUCCUAUGGCCAUAAUCCUCUGAAAUGCCUGUCGUUGAGCUCUGAAGCACUCAGGUUCCAUUAAUGAAUGAUAAAUUGAAACAUACUGCAGUAAUUCAGAGCUGCAGAGCUGACUUGCAUCAUCUGCUCUGGGAAAGGGCAAACUGAGCCAGGGAAAGGGGUUCCUGUUUUCCCCCAAUCACCUACCAGCCUGGGAGCCAUCUGUUGGACGGUGAGCAACUGAGUCCAUCUUGGAGAGUCCCGGCUGCGGCCUGGCACCCUGCCCUUAUGGGGCAGCAGCCGGGAAAGUUUGUAGGGGACCAGAGGAGACCCAGUUUACCAGCCUUCAUCAAGGGUGCAAAGAGAGAGUCGUCACGUCAUGGGACCCAGCCCUGUAAUGUUUUUGCUGUGCAUGAAGCCCUCCAGAAACCAGACUUUGAGGGCCAGGGUCUGACAGAAGCAGCCCGCUGGAAUUCCAAAGAGAAUCUGUUGGCCAGACCCAGUGAGAAUGACCCCAACCUGUUUGUCGCACUGUAUGAUUUCGUGGCCAGUGGUGAUAACACACUUAGCAUUACUAAAGGAGAGAAGCUGCGUGUGCUGGGCUACAACCACAAUGGCGAGUGGUGUGAGGCACAGACCAAGAAUGGCCAGGGUUGGGUGCCAUCCAACUACAUCACCCCUGUCAACAGCCUGGAGAAGCACAGCUGGUACCACGGGCCAGUCUCACGCAACGCUGCAGAGUACCUGCUCAGCUCAGGCAUAAACGGAAGCUUCCUGGUCCGGGAGAGUGAGAGCAGCCCCGGGCAGAGGUCCAUUUCCCUGCGAUACGAGGGGAGAGUCUACCAUUACAGGAUUAACACUGCGUCUGACGGCAAGCUGUACGUCUCAUCUGAAAGCCGUUUUAACACACUGGCAGAACUGGUGCACCAUCAUUCCACUGUUGCUGACGGCCUCAUCACUACGCUGCAUUACCCUGCACCAAAGCGCAACAAACCUACCAUUUACGGAGUCUCUCCCAACUAUGACAAGUGGGAGAUCGAGCGCACUGACAUUACCAUGAAACACAAACUGGGAGGGGGGCAGUACGGAGAGGUGUACGAGGGGGUCUGGAAGAAGUACAACCUCACAGUGGCUGUAAAGACGCUAAAGGAGGAUACAAUGGAGGUGGAGGAGUUUCUCAAAGAGGCUGCUGUUAUGAAAGAAAUCAAACACCCCAACCUUGUACAGCUUUUGGACACUGCCAAUAUAUUCAUCUGUCUCACUGGAAAGAGAGUGUGCACACGAGAGCCACCGUUCUAUAUUAUCACAGAGUUCAUGACACAUGGUAAUCUGUUGGACUACCUGAGGGAGUGCAAUCGAGAGGAGGUCAACGCUGUGGUGCUGCUUCACAUGGCCACACAGAUCUCUUCAGCCAUGGAGUACCUGGAGAAGAAAAACUUUAUACAUAGAGACCUAGCAGCUCGUAACUGUCUGGUUGGAGAGAACCAUCUGGUGAAGGUUGCAGACUUUGGCCUGAGCAGGUUAAUGACUGGAGACACCUACACAGCUCAUGCGGGGGCCAAGUUCCCCAUUAAGUGGACGGCCCCUGAGAGUCUUGCCUACAACAAGUUCUCUAUCAAGUCAGAUGUGUGGGCGUUCGGUGUGCUGCUGUGGGAAAUCGCCACAUACGGAAUGUCUCCCUACCCUGGCAUUGACUUGUCCCAAGUCUACGAGCUGCUAGAGAAAGACUACCGUAUGGACAGACCAGAGGGCUGCCCCGAGAAGGUCUACGAGCUUAUGAGGCACUGUUGGAGGUGGAACCCAUCGGAACGCCCGUCAUUUGCUGAAACACACCAAGCAUUUGAGACUAUGUUUCAGGAGUCCAGCAUCUCAGAUGAGGUGGAAAAAGAGCUGGGGAAGAAAGAGAAGAAGGUGACUUUGGGCUCCAUCCAGCAAGCUCCAGAGCUGCCCACCAAGACCAGGCCCCUCCGCAAAAAUAUGGACAGCCGGGAUGGAGAUAGUCCUGACCUCUUGGAGCCAGACGCUGUGGUGUCAUCCCCCAUGCUCCCCCGGAAAGAGCGCCCCCUCCUUGACAGCAAUCUGAACGAGGAUGACCGCCUGCUCCCCAAAGACAAAGACAAGACCCGGGGCAGUGGCUUCCUCAGCCUCAUCAAGAAAAAGAAAAAGAAUGCACCAGCUCCGCCCAAACGCAGCUCCUCCUUCCGAGAGAUGGAUGUUCACUCUGAGCGGCGGGGGUUGACCCUAGACCCUCGAGAUGGCGAUGGCUUCAACAAUGGGACAUCUGUGGCUAUUAAUGACACCAGCCACAGCCUCGACCCAUCAAAGUUCCUAAGUGCCAAUAAUAAUGGGGCAGGGGGGAUCACCAAUGGGGCUCCUACCUAUCCAGGACCUUUAUUCCCCCGAAAGAAGGGAGUCCCUGCAGUUCCUGGUCCAGGAGCUAAGACCGCCACCACACCACCCAGUGAGGAGGAGUUGAUGGCUAACUCAAAGCGUUUCCUCUGGUCCUCCAGCAUGCCUUCUGGUUCAGAUGUCACUGAAUGGAGGUCUGUGACACUUCCACGAGACCCUGGCCCCCGCCACUUUGACUCAGGCACAUUUGGGGGAAAACCAGCUCUGCCACGCAAGAGAACCAGUGAGCAGAAAGGGGAAAACACUCCUCGAAUGGGCACCCUGACUCCCCCACCACAUCUGCCUAAGAAGGCUGAGGAAACACCUGACGAGGUGUUAAAAGACACUGAUCCCAGUCCUGGCUCUAGUCCCCAGGCACUGACUCCCAAGCUGGUCCAUAGACCAGGGACACAGGGGCUUGAGAACUCCAAGACCAGCGCUCUGCAUGCUGAACUUCUCAAGCCCAACGUGUUUCCUCCUUUAGGGGCUGCUGGAGAUGAGUGCAGGGCCCGUAGGCACAAGUUCCAGAAGCCCAAACCAGCUCCACCUCCGCCACCCACCAAUACCAAAACCAGCAAAAUCUCCCGCAGUCCCACUCAAGAAUCCCCCUCACCUUCGUCCAUCACCUCAGACACAAAAGCUAAGGGUCUCCUCUCUGCCUUGGAGCCCCACCACACAACCACUGCCAGUGACCAAGGCCGCUCACCUCUCAGUGAUGGCUCCAAAAAGCUUUCCCUUGGCUCCACCACCAAACCUCAACCUUUGAAGACCUCCUCCUCCACGUCAGUGACCUCCUCGCUCUCGAGUCAGAGCCUCGGAGGCUUCUCUUCCUCCCUCACAUCCCCCAGUGAACAAACCCCUGCCGCCACAUUCAUCCCCUUAGUGAACACCCGACGGUCGCUGCGCAAAACUGUACCUCGUCAGUCCUCAGAGCGUACACCUAACUCAGCUGUGACACGUGAAAUGGUACUGGAGGGCACUGAGCUGGUCCGAGCAGCCAUUUGUCGCAACUCAGAGCAGACAGGCAGCCACAGCGCUGUACUGGAGGCCGGCAAGAACCUGUCUAAGUACUGCAUGAGCUACGUGGACUCCAUCCAGCAGAUGAGGAACAAGUUUGCCUUCCGUGAGGCCAUCAACAAGCUGGAGAGCAGCCUGCGAGAGCUACAGAUCUGCCCCACAUCCACUGGAGGCGGUCAAACACAGCAGGACUUCACUAAGCUGUUGUCCUCCGUUAAAGAGAUCAGUGACAUUGUUCAGAGGUAGCGCAGCAUCCAAACGAAAAUGCAGAAACUGAAUCUUACUACCUUUUAUAGUGAGCUUGUGCAUGAGCUGUGGGCCAUGUUGGAGCUAGAGCAGAGUGUAGCUUUUACACCACAGUACACUCAGAAACACUUAAGCCUGUGGUUACUGUGGAUGAAAUCAAAGCAAUCUUGCAAUAUUGAAAGCAUUAACUAUGAAUAGAUAGUGUCUUUUGGCCUGAGUGAGGCCUUAUCAACGUGAUUAUAUUUCACGAGUCAUUUCUGAAAUCGUGUCUUUUAUGUCGUAGUCAUUUUUCCCCUUUUUAUCACAACACUAUUUAGGCAAAACUGUAUUGUUGUCAUCCUUCUUGGUGAUAUUUUACCAAGACAAAUAUCAAUGAGCUAAAACAAAAACCUCAUCUUGCUCUGAAAUGCCUUUUAACCCAUUAACGACUGAUCGUAGUUCAUUGGUGCCUGGUCUGAGUCAGGGAACUCUUGGAAACACAGUGUUCAGAAGUGGAUGCCUCAUUCCCACACACUUCCUUUUUCAUUUUGAACCAUUUCAACAUGUAUUGUUGUGAGAAAAUGUUAGUGUCUGUCCUGUAUGAAUCAUAGUAUUUGCAACCAAGUACCAUUCAAACAAAAGAGCUUGUUUGCCUCUGUAACACCAUAGUAACAAACAGUGCCUUAAACACUUACUGGCAGAGUUGCCUUUUUGACGUUUUUGACAUGUGUCUUCAGUUUAAUUGUGCCAAGUGUGUAACAAAAAUCUGUGUUUAUUGGAUUUCAGAUGUGUAAAUGCCAUACCAAAAAAACCUUUGUCUCCAGUCUGAUCUGGAGAGGGACCAGGGUGCUGGAUCUGUAGUAUUUGUGUCUGUUGUCCUUAGAUUGGACCUUUUUCUUCAGUCUGUUUUUAUGACUUUGAUUUCGUUACAUGCCAUCAGUAGCACCUUGGCCUCACAGCAGAACCAGCUGUUUGGAUCUGUUAAGAGGGAUCACAGAUCGAAACGGUGUUUAUUUGACCACUGAAGGGCCUCUUUGCCUGAGAUGACUAAUUUUGAUGGAGGGUUUAUGUCCCAUGGUUGCAAUGCUGUCUCAGAGGCGUUUCCACCCCAGCUAUCUAUCUAUCUAUCUAUCUAUCUAUCUAUCUAUCUAUCUAUCUAUCUAUCUAUCUAUCUAUCUAUCUAUCUAUCUAUCUAUCUAUCUAUCUAUCUAUCUAUCUAUCUAUCUAUCUAUCUG